AUGUCCAGAUUCUCCCUGAAAGGCAGAACAGCCCUCGUUACCGGAGGAGCUCGUGGCUGUGGCCUCGCCUUCGCCGAAGGACUCGCAGAAGCAGGCGCCGACGUAGCCAUAUUCGAUGUCAUUCCCCCGACAGAGGGCUUCUUCGAGAUCGAGAAGAAAUACGGCGUGAAGACAGGGCACUAUCUAGUCGACGUCUCCUCGCCCAAAUCCCUGGCAGAAGGCUUUGCAGCCUUCCAAAAAGACUUCUCCAACAAACUCGACGUCUGCGUCCCCUGCGCCGGCAUAAACAGACACAUUUCCUUCCUCGACACCCCCUACGAAGAACAGGAGAAGCUGCUCGCCGUCAACGUCACGGGCGCGUACUUCACGGCUCAGCAUGCGGCGAAGCAGAUGAUUGCCAAUGGCACCAAGCACGGGAGCAUUGUGUUGGUGGCUAGUAUGGCGAGUCAUAUCUGUGUUAAGGAUCAGUUGAGCACGGCUUACUGUGCAACGAAGGGGGCUGUGAGGGCCAUGUGUCCUGCUAUUGCUAAGGAGUUGGUUCAAUAUGGCAUACGGGUCAACAGUGUUUCGCCCGGGUAUGUGAGGACGGAGAUGACGGCUGCCUUCCCCCAUUUACUGGAGAGCUGGAAGAACGACAUCAUGCUCGGGAGAGUGGCCGAGCCCGACGACAUUCGCGGUGCGUGUGUUUUCCUCGCGAGCGAUGCGAGUGCGUACAUCACCGGCCAGGAUAUCCUGGUUGAUGGCGGAGUAACCAAGUGGUAGUUAUAGAAGUAAUGGAAUAUGGAAAAUAAUGAACUUUGCAUAUGCCGGAUGUAUCUAUGCUGCCUGUAAUACCCUCUCGAUAACAACCGCCGCCCCCAAGACUUUCUCCUCCUCCAGCUUGCGUCCGAUAAUCUGCAGAUUCACCGGAUGUCCGUCCAUCGUGUCCGGGUCGUAGAGUUUCCAGUUCCACUCGUCCAGCGCGUUCCUGGGUACGUAGGGCUCGGCCGGCAAGGCGUCCUUCUCCUUACACACCUUUCCCACUGGAAAUGUCAGGGCGGGAUAGUCCAAGACAUUCCAUAUCUUGGUAUACCCGAUCCAUCGACAGGAGCGAUGAGGAACAGCGACAUGUGCCAAUGUCGGCGCUAAAAGCACGUCCAUCGCCCCCCAGGCAUCGAGGAAUUUCUUCUGCAUGGCGUGCUUCUUCCGGUUCAACUGCCAAUAUUCGUAGACGGAAAUGGGAGACCCACGGUUCACCAAUGCCUCGACGUGUGGGAUGAAAGGCUCCCCUCCCGCUUCCACGUCGCGCCGGAUAUCCUCCCCGCCGUCCGCGGUAUAGUACUGAUCCAUGAUAUCAAUGCAGGUCUUGUGGUCCGAUACGUCCCAGGUGACUAGUGCGUGGCCGGCAGCCUUUAGUUUCGCGGAAAGUUCCUCCAGGGCCCGUGCGAUGGGAGGGUGAACUCGGACCACGCCGUCAUCCAGGAUCAGUCCGAUGGUUAGCGGUCUCCCUUGCACGGACUGGAACAUGUCUUCUCGCCAAGGGAGUG